UUUCCAUAUUAAGCUAUCUUGUACCAGAACAUGUGGAACACCAUUGGAAAAUCGUUAUGGCUUAAAUCAAACUGCCUCUUCCACCAAAAUCAAGUUGCUAGUGACUCGGUGCAUCGUGGGAACUUGGCUUUGCAGCAGCUGAGCUGCAAUGCUUGUCUGGAGGAAAACAAAGCGUGUAAGUGUGAUCAAAGUUUUGAGAGCUGCAAGAGAGUCUCGGGUGUUGAUGAGCACCAUGCAGAGGCCAACAAUUCUUUUACUCAUUCAGUGAUCAACAUGACUGGGAUGCUCAUUGGUUUGGGGCAGUUAUCAACUCCAUAUGCCUUAGAAACUGGGGGGUGGUCUUCUGCAUUCUUAAUGAUAGGACUUGGGGUAAUAUGUGCAUAUUGUUCUCAUAUACUUGGAAAAUGCCUUGACAAAAAUCCCAAGUCAAGAAGCUACACAGAUAUUGGACAGCAGGCAUUUGGAACCAAAGGAAAACUUAUAGCAGCAACCUUGAUUUACAUGGAGAUCUUCAUGGCCCUUGUAUCCUACACCAUCUCAUUGCAUGACAACCUAAACACAGUGUUCUCGGGGACGCAAUUUAAGGUGUCAUGGGCCAAGUUAUCAAAAUCUCAGCUCUUAACCUUGAUGGCGGUCUUGGUAGCGCUGCCUAGUCUGUGGUUGAGAGAUCUCUCUUCUAUAUCUUUCCUUUCAUUCGGAGGUCUUCUCAUGUCGCUUGUCAUUUUCACGUCAGUGGCAUGCACCGGCAUUUUCGGAGGGGUGAAAGCUAACCACACCAUACCAGCCCUCCGGCUUCAUAAUAUUCCAGCAAUAUCUGGCCUUUAUAUCUUCAGCUAUGCAGGACAUAUUGUUUUCCCCAAUUUAUACAAGGCCAUGAAAGAUCCAUCCAAGUUCACCAGGGUAUCUAUAGUGAGCUUCACUUUAGCGACGAUACUUUAUGCGACCCUAGCCUUCAUGGGAGCCAAGCUGUUUGGUCCCCACGUGAAUCCUCAAGUCACUCUAAGCAUGCCUCCACAUCUUAUAGUGACAAAAAUUGCAUUGUGGGCAACUGUGGUGACACCAAUGACCAAAUAUGCUCUGGAAUUUGCACCAAUGGCCAUCCAGCUUGAGCACAACCUUCCUCAUUCUAUGAGCUCCAGAACAAAGCUGAUCAUCAGGGGUACUGUGGGUUCAGUGCUACUUCUGGUGAUUCUAGCAUUGGCUCUCUCUGUCCCAUAUUUUGAGUAUGUUCUCAGCCUCACAGGAUCCCUUGUAAGUAUUGGCAUUUGUGUCAUUUUCCCUUGUGCCUUCUACCUCAAGAUCUGUUGGGGUCAGAUUUCAAGGCCUCUCCUGCUCCUUAACUUCACUCUCAUUGCAUUUGGCUUACUUCUGGGAGUAGUUGGAACCAUUUCCUCAUCAAAGUUGCUCAUAAAAAACCUCAAAAGAGCUCACUCAGGCUGA